GAAAAUUUGUCCCAUUCUCAAAAUAAAAAUCAAAUAAAAAUGUUAUCCACACAUUCAUACUGGACUGAUACUGAAUUGAAUCUCACAUUACAUCCAAUGAUCCAAGCAGCUUUCAACUGCAAGUCUACAAGGGCCUUCACUUACAAGUUACAACACUCAAGGGGAACUUCCUGAAAAAGGCCUCAGUAAUACGAUUUUGCGAGGAUUGUUCUGGCAAAAAAUCGAUAAAAAUAAAAUAAGUUCUAAUGAUCUAAUUAUUACCAUCUUGCUUCAAAUUUUCAAAUCAAAUCAACACUUUCAUAAAAAAUGUUGGCAUAAGAUAGAAUUCCAAAAAAUAUAAUGUUUAUUUAGAUUGCAGAGUUUAAAAAUUCCAAAAAAUAUUUAGAUUGGUGAAUAGUUGAAGUUAGGGCUGAAUCAUAUCUCGGAGUUGACACGAAGCGGGCUUCGGGCCUGAGUCAUUUGGUAGGGAGAUGGACCCGACGGGCCUGAGAGCCCUCACCGCCAUAACUUCAUCAUCUUUGCCGCUCCACCAUCUCCGUUCCAGAGCUUAUCCUCUUCUCCGCCGCCCUUUUCUCUCAUCUCAAAACAAAUCUACCCUUUCCGCCUUUCCUUUAUUAUCCCUAUCUUCCUCGCUGUGCUCUUCAUCCGAAAGGUCCCCAGUGUGUGCGUCGCAGAAUGGGUCAGAUGGGUUUGCGAGUAGAGUUCACCCGAACAAAGAAUUUCUUCAGGUGGUGCUGGUUUCGCCGCAGAUUCCUGGGAACACUGGAUGCAUUGCUCGAACUUGUGCAGCCUCGAAUGUCAAACUGCACUUAGUCGAACCACUGGGGUUUCAAGUUGAUGAUGCGAAGUUAAAGCGAGCUGGGCUCGAUUACUGGCCAUAUGUUGUUGUGAAGGUGCAUCGUUCAUGGUCUGAGUUUCGAGACUACUUCAUGAAACAGGAAUUUAAGUACAGAGCAGGUGAUUGGCUUGUUUUUGGCUCGGAAACUAGUGGCUUGCCACCUGAGGCACUUACCGAUUGUAAGGGUGAAUUACUCGGUGGAGGCACGAUUCGGAUUCCUAUGGUUGAAACCUAUGUCAGAUGUCUGAAUCUCUCUGUAAGUGCCGGCAUUGCUUUGUACGAGGCAUCUAGACAGCUCGACUAUGGAAACCUUCAAACUCCAUCACAACCUUGUAUUAGCAAAGAUGCGUUGGUAAUAACUGAGGACAUUUUUGCUUGAGUUUUAUGCCAAUACCUGAUCUGAAGUUUGUGAACUUUCUCUAGGGCAUAUCACUGUUGUAUUAUUUAGUUGCAUUAAUUCUUGGCUAAAGUUAGCCUAGGUUGGUAUCGGGGAUUUAAUUUUGUUUGAUAAAGUCAUCAUAAUUUAAGAGGAUUUGAUUGAUAGGCGAUAGCAAGAUGUUUACUUUUAUCUUCAGCUGAUUACAUUUGCAUCAUUGUCCAUUUUCUUAUAAUUUUCCAUUCCAAGACUGGUAUUGUCCGUCUGAUGUAGCACCAGUUUUGCCUUCAUUUGAGUCCAAUAUAUAUAAACCAAAAUAUUACUCAAGCUUUUCA